UUUCAAACGUCUCGAGUCGCACGGCCAACUCUAGCGAUAACGAAGACCUCGCGCAGAGGCCGGGUUGACAAUGGAGGCAAGGCCCGGAUGCCAAGGCGACAAUGGCGUCGCGGGACUGGGUUGAGGGCAGACCGGUGAAGCUGAUCUGAGGGGCAAGGGAUGCUAGUCGUUUCUCAUCAAUCCUUCCUGAUCACGAUUACCCUACCUGCUGAUUCAACCGGACUCCUUUUGAGCAGCAGCGGCUUUGCUUCAUCCCUCUUUCUGCUAGCUCUGUAGCUUGAACAUCUCACGUCUGCUCUAGCUCUCUUUACAGCUAGCUAACGCCACAAGCAGCUUACCAAGACCCACCAAGUACUAAAGACAUGGCGCCUGUGGCAACGGGAGAUUCCGCCAUGCGUGGCACGGAGCCGGCAGAGGCCAGCGGCAGCAACAGCAAUGGAAAGUACUCCAAGAAGUGUGUCAUCGUAGGCUUCGGUAUGGUGGGUGUAGCCUUCGUUGAGAAGCUCCUCAAGUACGACAUGGACGGAGGCAGAGACGAAUGGGAGGUGACAGUUAUCGGCGAGGAGCCGCACGUAGCUUACAACAGAGUCGGUCUGACAACAUACUUCGAGCAACGGUCGGUGGAAGCACUGUACCUCAAUCCUCUAGAUUGGUACAAGUCGCACGCCCCGGGGAAGCUCACAUACCAUACGUCGGACCAGGUUCUCUCGAUCCAAGCAGACAAGAAGCAAAUCUUGACAUCAAAGGGUCUCUCCAUUGACUAUGACGUCUGUGUCAUUGCCACCGGGUCCGAUGCCGCACUCCCCCCUUACGUCUCGAAGGAGCGAUUUUACAAGACAGAGGGAGCUUUCGUCUACCGCAACCUGGCAGACUUGGACUCGAUGAUCGCAUACAGCAAGAAGCACAAGAUUCGUCGUGCCGCCGUCGUAGGCGGUGGUCUUCUGGGUCUGGAGGCCGGCAAGGCGCUGCUGGAUCUCGAAACGGUUGACCAAGCCGUCAUCGUAGAGAGGAACAAUUGGUGCUUGUCGCGCCAGCUCGACUCCGAGGCAGGUAACCUUGUUCUCGAAAAGGUGCGGGCCCUGGGUGUCGAGGUGUUGCUACGAGCUCGAGUCCGUGACCUCAUGAUCACGCCCGCAGCGGAAGACGAAGAGGGCAAGGACCGAUUGAAGGGUAUCAUGCUUGAGGGCGGCAAUGAUCCUGAUAAGCCUUACGACCUCGACAUGAUCGUCUUCGCCGUCGGCAUUAAGCCGCGAGAUGAGCUCGCCAAGUCUUCCGGCCUGAACACAGCACCUCGUGGUGGCUUUGCCAUCGAUGACAAGCUUUCUACGAACAAGAAGGACAUUUAUGCCAUUGGAGAGGCAGCCAGCUUCAAUGGGGAGACAUGGGGCCUCAUCGCGCCCGGAGUCGAGAUGGCCGAUGUUCUUGCCUUCAAUCUGACCGAGGGUCCUCACCACGCCAUGAGGUCCAUGACCCCUCCCGACCUCUCGACCAAGCUGAAGUUGAUGGGUGUCGAUGUAGCCAGUUUCGGAGACUUCUUCGCAGACCAAGGUGUCUUCAACCGACCCAUCCCCGGCAGCAAGCGAGGUCAAAAGCGGGGCGAUGGAGACGAAAAGCCCAAGGUCAAGGCUCUCACAUAUCGGGACCCAUUUGAAGACCACUACAAAAAGUAUAUCUUCACCGCUGACGGCAAGUACCUACUUGGUGGUAUGAUGGUUGGUGACGUCAAGGACUAUGUCAAGCUCGUUGGGAUGUGCAACAAGCAGAAGCUCCUGGAAACGCCACCCUCGCAGCUCAUCCUGGGUGCCAAGAAGGAGGGCGAAGAAGAGGGCGAUGACCUCGACGAUGACGCUCAGAUCUGUUCUUGCCACAACACCAGCAAGGGCCACAUUGUCGAGAAGGUCAAGGGCGGAUGCCGUUCCUUCGGAGAGAUCAAGUCCACAACAAAGUGUGGCACGGGCUGUGGAGGUUGUAUCCCCCUCGCUACUUCCAUCUUCAACAAGGCUAUGAAGGAUGCCGGAGCAGAGGUGUCUAAUGCUCUUUGCCCGCACUUCAAGCAGACUCGACCAGACCUCUUCACGAUCGUCAAGUUCAAGAAGCUCAAGACGUUCCCAGAGGUGAUGAAGGCAGUAGGAACCAAGCCAGACAGUUUGGGAUGCGAAGUGUGCAAGCCAGCGGUCGGGUCUAUCCUGUCCAGCCUUUACAACGAGUGGAUCAUGGCACCCCAGAUGCGACAGACCCAAGACACCAACGAUCGAUACAUGGCCAACUUGCAGCGUGAUGGCUCUUACUCUGUCGUGCCGCGUCUGGUGGCGGGAGAAGUGACCCCACAUCAGCUCCAGGUUCUAGGAGAAGUCGCCACUGAGUUUGGUCUCUACUCCAAGAUCACUGGUGGACAGCGUAUCGACCUCUUUGGAGCCAAGAAGCAGGAUCUGCCCAGCAUCUGGGAGCGACUCAUUGCAGCUGGCUUCCAGACCGGACAGGCAUAUGGCAAAUCGUUGCGAACCGUCAAGUCCUGUGUCGGAUCCACCUGGUGCCGUUACGGUAUUGGAGACUCGGUCGCUCUCGCCGUCGAGCUCGAGGAGCGCUACAAGGGUAUCCGAGCUCCUCACAAGUUCAAAGGAGGUGUUUCUGGAUGUGUCCGAGAGUGUGCCGAGGCGCAAAGCAAGGACUUUGGUAUGAUUGCCACCACAAAGGGCUGGAACGUCUUCAUCGGUGGCAACGGUGGUGCCAAGCCUCGCCACGCCGAGUUGCUUGCCGAAGAUGUCACCAAAGCCCAAGCCAUCCGCUACAUUGAUCGAUUCAUCGUCCUCUACUCCCGAUCCGCUGACAAGCUCACUCGAACUGCGAGAUGGAUUGAAGGCUACCCCGGCGGUAUCAAGGAGUUGCGAGAGGUACUUGUCAAGGACAAGCUCGGUAUCUGCCAGGAGCUCGAGGAGGAGAUGGACCAGCUCGUAGGUACUUUCCACUGUGAAUGGACGGAGCUGCUCAAUGACCCUAGGAGGAAGAAGGUCUUUAGGCAAUUCAUCAACACCGAUGAGACGCAAGAGCACUCUGAGCGAGUCGUUCAGCGAUCGCAGCACCGUCCGGCCGACUGGCCGACCGAGGCAACGGCGCUCAAGUUCGACGUCAAGGACAUUGCGCAGACUGCCAAGUGGGAGUGGCGCAAGGUUUGCAAGUACGUUGACCUGGACCCACAGGAGUCUUCUACUACCAGUGCCGUCGUCAAGUACGGUGACACUCAGCUUGCCGUCUUCUCUGUGCCCGGCCGCGGUCUUCGAGCUUCGCAGAACAUGUGCCCCCACCGUCGUGCCUUUGUCCUAUCGGACGGUCUGGUAGGCGAGGACGCCCAGGGACGCGACUACGUCUCCUGCCCGCUGCACAAGCGGAACUAUACCCUCAGCCACCGCGUCGAGGAGGAGGGAGGUCACUGCAACGACCCCGACUACCAGAUCAUGACCUUUGAGGCCAAGGUCGAUGAGGACGGAGACGUUGUGCUGAUGCUGCCCGACACGGAUGCCCUCGACGCCGUCUUGGCCACGCAGAAGUGGAUGUUGAGGAAGGCAAAGGAGGAGAGCGACCUCCUCAGCAAGGACGGAAAGGGCAGUGGCAUCGAGAUUGAGGCCCCCAAGAAGACCGUCGACGCUGAGGCAAAGAAUGCCGAGAGGGCAAAGAAGGGUCUUGAGGAGCUCAAUGAGGACGAAAAGAAGGCCAGCUGUGGCGAGACCAGUCUUGACUGGUGAGGUGAAUAGAAGCUAGGGAUUCUGUUCUGUCGUGUCGAAUCGCACUUGUCGUUCAUCCUGUUGUUACCUCGG